GAUCGAACCCUAAAGUCACAACAAGAGAGAAGAACCCUCUCUCACACUCCUCCCCCCUCUCCGUUGCCGCGCCGCCGGCAUCCAUCUUCCGUUCACCCCUAUCAUCGCCCUAACAGAUGGAGAUCGAAGGUGAGAAGAUGUUCGAGGUGGACCUCGGUAACCUAAUGGCGUAUGACUCCCAUUCCACCGUCUCUUCUCAACAAUCCAGGGAGAAACUGGUAAAGGAAUGUUUAGAGAAAGGCACUGAGUUAGUUCAAGCUAUCGCAGAUUCUCUAUUUACUUUGCCCUCAACUGAAGAUAUCGAUGGACCCCUUGUUAAAUUGCCUCCACCAACCACCAAAUUACCCAGAGAAAAACACAUGCCAAGGCCAAGACCUCCUACUAAAUGGGAAGAAUUUGCUAAAAAGAAAGGCAUUAUUAAUCGGAAGAAGGACAAAAUUGUUUUUGAUGAACAAUCUGAAACAUGGAAACGCAGACAUGGUUAUGAUCGUGCCAAUGACGAAGAGGCCAUACCUAUUAUUGAGGCUAAACCAACUGAUGAUCCAGAUGAGGAUCCUUUUGCCAAAAGAAGAGAAAACAAAAAGGGAAGAGUUGAUAAACAGGAGAAAAACCGGGUACAGAACUUGAGAAAUGCUGCAAAGUUCGGGGAUUUACCUAGCCAUGUUCAAUUGGCCGCUACUUCCUUGCCCAUAACAGGAACUCAGGCAGUGCAGAAGAAGGUUACCAAGGAUGAAUUAGGUAAUGUAGCAGGAAUUGCAUCAACUGCCACAGCUAGCGGUGGGAAAUUUGACAAGAAAUUGCCAGGUGAAAAGCCUCUAAAACAUAAAGGAAAAUUCCGAAAGUUCCCGCCGGUAGCACCUGCAGCAGAUGGAAAAGCGACAGGCCCAACGGAGAGGGAGCAAGCUGAAAAAAUAUUGAACAAGAUCUUGUCCAAGAAUAACCACGAUAUACUCAAUGUUAAAAAGGCUGUCACAGUGACAAAUGUGAAGAAAGAGAAAAACCGAAGGAGUGAUAAAUCGAAGUCUUCAACAACCAACAGCAAACUGAAACCUCAGAAGAAGCCUUUUAAAAAGGGGGGAAGUGCAAAGAAAGGCAACCCAAAAACACAGUAAUUUAGAUUUUAUGGAAGCUUGUAGUUUUUUUGAAACAACUGUUUUUAGUUGUUUAAAGUUUUGUAGACGACGAUUAUUUUGCAUAUCUAUUGUUAUUCGUUUUAGUAUGUUUUUUAAGGCUUCCAUUCCAUUGAAACAUCAGAUAUUUCAAGUGAUUAUACAUGAAAUUACUUGUAUUAAUAGAUUUAACUUACAAAGAUUUAUUGCUAGUGA